GCCCGCUGCGGUCUGACUGUUGUCAAAACGUGACAGAAAAUAAACACAAAAAACAGAAUGGACUCUCCUGUCAGACUGGGAAGCAACAGCACUUUCAAAACCCCUAAGGACAUGCGUCUGAGGAGCUCCGGGAGCAGCGGCAGUGGAACCCCCGUCACCAUCCCGGCUUCACCCUUUAUGAAGAAACUGGGCUGUGGCACUGGGGUCAAUGUUUAUCUCAUGGACAGGAUGGGAAAGCUGAACCUGUCCCCGUGGGCUGUGAAGAAGGUCAACAGUAAAUGUGCAGCGAAGCAGGUGGCACUGUACCAGGAGCGUCUCAAUGAAGAGGCAAAGAUCCUAAAGGGACUUAACCAUCCUAAUAUUGUUGGUUUCCGUGCUGUUGCCACUGCUAAGGAUGGAUCCAAGUGUCUGGCUAUGGAGUAUGGAGGAGAGCAGUCACUCAAUGAUCUGAUCGAGAAGAGGAGGGAGGAGGGUCUGAAGGCUUUUCCUGCUGCAAACAUUGAGAAAGUGGCACUACAUGUGGCUCGUGGUCUGGAGUAUCUUCACACUGAUAAGAAGCUGCUACAUGGCGACAUGAAAUCUUGCAAUGUGGUCAUUAAAGGGGACUUUGAGACUGUCAAGAUCUGUGAUGUUGGUGUAUCUCUGUUUUUGGAUGAGAACAAGAAAGUGUCUGACCCAAAGGCGGAGUACAUUGGCACAGAGCCAUGGAACGCAAAGGAGGUGAUAGAGGGAGGUGAGAUCUCGGACAAGACAGACAUUUUUGCCUAUGGGCUGACACUGUGGGAGAUGAUGUCUCUGUCCAUGCCUCACCUGGAGAUGCUGGAUGACAAAGAGAAGCAAGAGGAGGAAGAUGGAGAUGACUCAGAGGAGGAGAGUUUUGACGAGGAUGCAUAUUAUGAGCGCUUGGGGACCCGCCCAGCGCUGGAUGCAGAGGCUUUGGGUGUGUCCUACAGGAGGAUGGUGGAACUGUUCUAUGUCUGCACCGAGGAGGACCCCAAAAAACGCCCCUCUGCUUCUCAGAUCGUCCAGGCCCUAGAAAGCAAUGCUCCCCUCAACAAGAGCCAGUCUGAGAUCAUAGUGAUAGACUGACCUGGAACUGAAAUACAACCAUCUACAUGAUCUACUGUAAAUGUUUGUUUGUAACCAUCUUGUGUAUUUUCUAUCUUUUAUGUUGACAUCUUGCCAUUUCCUUCUGUCUCAAAGGAAAGCUUAUGUCUGAAACCCAUUACAUUAUUCUCUUUUGUCUAAGUUAAAUGUGUUUUAUUCAAAUGAGUAAUGCUAUAAUUAGAGUAACUAUUUUGAUAUCUUCAAUAAAACCAC